AUGGAAGCAGAUAGUGGUGGAUCGGUGGUGAAAACUCGACGACAAGUGCGGCGAAUCAAACAAUCAACGAAUAAUAGCAGCAAUUUGGAGAAGAACGAGUUGCAGCAAUCGAAAGGAAGUCGGAAACGAGUAAUAUCUAAAGAUGGAGGACAUUCAGAGACUGGAUCGGUUCCAUUAGCGCAACCUUCACGUUCCGUUCUCAGUCAACGGUCGCUGUCAUCUGCCAGAUGCCGUAUAUAUGACUGGAAAGCACGUCGAUUUACUAAACCGGAACAGCUUCCUCCAGCAGUGGUACAAAAAGUCGAUCAAAAUGUGACGCUGAAGUGUGAACCGAAAUCUUUCAGUUGGAAUCUGUCGUUAGAAGAGCGUCGUAAAAGAGACUCGAAAAGUGUUUUACCAACAGCAAAAAAUACUGCUCUUUCAAAAACAACUCGUCGUCGACUGAAGCGUAACGGGCGUUCAGUGUUACAAGAUAAAUCUAUAGAAUCGAUCGAAAAUUUAAAUCAAGAUGGCGGAAUCGAAGAUUAUUCAUCAUCAAUGACUUUGGGUCCAUCCACUUCACAAAUAACUCCAGAACAUUCGGAUGUAUGUGAUAAGUGGAAGUGUAAUGCAAGAAAACGAAGAAAUGAUACAAGUGGAAUCAGUGCAGCUGAACGAGAAUUACAUACGGAGUUAGUUAUUGAAGAGGUGUUACGUAAUACAUUAGCUGAAGGGAACAAAAGGAAGAGGAUCAUGGGUCAAGGAGCAACGACAUGUUUGAGAGGCAGUGACAAUGAUAUAAGUGCGGAAGAGCUGCGGGCAGAUUGCAGUAAUUGUUGUGAUAAUGAUUACAAUAGCAAUAAGAGUGAUGGGAACAGAGUGAAGCGUAAUGACAAUAGGAGUGUUGAUGGUAUGCAGCAAGUAACCAACACCGGGAAAGGUUGUAACGCGGAGGUAUUGCAUAAGGUUGCGAACGAUGUGGAUCACUUAGAAGGUGUUGUUGGUAAUGCGUUAUCAUCCUCGACAUCAAGCAGUGAAACGCAACAAAAUUUCUUAGAUUCUAAAAGGAGUGAGAGAGACAAGAAAAAUGAAUCAACAAGACGUACAAUGGAAGAGCUCAUGAAAGACAAAAAUUUUGCUCCAGUUGAAAUAAUUGUUGCUGAUGCGAUUAGUAAAGAUCCACUCGGUUUUGUUCACAGUCUUCGUGACGCGAAAUUGUUGAAAAGUCUCGAGAAAUUAGCAUAUUCACGUAAAUUGAAUAGUGUUGUUCCAAAUGAGCAAUUAGAGCAAUUACGAAAACAACGUAAGAAGGAGAAGAAACGUGAAAAGAAAGAAAAGAAGAAACAGAAACGGUUGAUGAAAUUAGCGGCUAGUUUUGGUGUAUCAGUAGAACAACUGGAACUUGAUAUGCUAGCAGAAAAUAAUAAUUGCAAUAAUUAUUCCUCGUCGUCGCCACAAUCUCAGUCGCAGUCACCUUUUGAUUAUUCGAAUUCCUUUCAUCAUUAUUCUCAUUCAACAACACCAUCAGUAGUGCCAUCGUCGAAGUCGUCUUCAGUAAGAAGAUCGAUUGAAUCAACAUCACAUCUAUCCAAUUUACCAGCCCCUUCUGUAAUCAACUAUUCUUAUCUCAAUGUUUUUCCACGACCAUCCUUCGUACCAGAUCCCUUAGAUCCAUCACGUAAUCUGGUCACAGAUUGUCACGAUUCGUCCUCAUCAGCAUCGCAUCAACUCCAAGUUGCUGACAGCAGCUAUUUGAAUCCUCUAAUUAUGUCAUCGUCAGCGACUGUUCCUUCCACUUCACUACCACCUCCAUCACUUAUGCAUCAUCAGCAACAACAACAACCUUCAAGUGAAUCAGAUUCAAUUGUUACGCUCGAGGAACAGCAUUUAAAUUCAAAUGAUGGUGAUACUAAUAACGCUAAUCAUCAUCUUCCAAUUGGUAUUCUUCAUCAGAAUAAUAUUUCACAGAAUGACGAUUGUGCAACGAAAGUGAUAAAACCAAAUGAUUUCGCUAAUUACAAUACCGGAGGAAAUGCGCCUGAAGAUGAAGAAGAUGAACAAAAUGCUAUUGCAAUAAGCCAUCUCUUUCCGCAGUUUGACGCCCUCCAACAACUCAAACUUAUAAAAAUGUGCACAGAUAACAGCGUUCAAGAAGUCGAUCACCAAGAUGUUAUGAACAUGAUACGUAGUCCCGAAUCAGACUCUUCUAACAAGGUUGCUCGUACUUUAGCUUUGAUUAAAGGUAAAGUCAAAGAAUUCAAGCAGAUCAACCGUAUGCAUUAUACCAGCGAUACAGAAGGUUCUUCGAUUUGGAAUGAAGAUAAUGGAUUGACGAGAUUAGUCCGCAUUGAUGAAGAUGUCGAUGUAGAUGUUAGUGGUAAUCAUGCAUUGCAGGUUCAUUUGAAUGGAAACAGCAGUAGCGUGAAUGGAAUAUGUGUUAAUGGUAAGAAGCUAUCAAAUGAUGCCAGUUCAAAUGUAUUCGAGCCGCUUGAGAUACCUGUAACAAUGAGUUCAUCAAAUGCGUAUCCGAGCACAUCUCACAGCGUUCAUAAUAAUGGAACGAAUGAUUGUAUGGGGAAGCUGGGAAUGGCUGCAGUGGGAGGUGAUGUACAAGCACGAACCUUGAAUGACCCACUCAGUUUAGCACGCCUUGACGAACAUCCUGUCCACCGAACACCAGCUGUUAUUCUGACUGAGGUUCCAAUACACGAAGACGAUGAUAAUAUCUAUGUGAGUGAAAUGAAAGUCCUAACUGACUGGUUCAAUCACGCACCUUAUGGUGCUGGUAAAGAAGCACAUAUGCAAUACUGGGAUGAUGUCAAACAAAGAGUUGAUGUUGCUGAUUGGAUUAGAAAAUUGAAUACGCAUCGCUAUAAUCACCUUCUCUCCAUUCUCAGCAGGAAACAAGCACGUACAAGUCGUGGAGAUAUGGUUUCAAACGGAAAACGUCGGUCAAAAUCAACAGAGCCUUGGUGGCCACGUAAAUUGUUUGAUCAUUAUGAGGGAGUGUUGGAUAUUGCGGGCAAAGCAAUGCGAAUGGUUGCGUCGUCAUUUGAGUCCAACAAUUUCUCUCAAGAUGAAAUACCCCGUGUCAACAACAUACCUAUGAAACUGGAUGGUGAUGAGGCAGCGGCAGUGGCUUACUUCCGUCCCAGCUCACCAGCAACCGUUUGCGAUCCUAACGACGACUAUCAGAAUGAUGUGAUAGCCCGUGAAUUGCGUCACACGACUACGAUUGAUGCUGGUGUCUUCAGUCAGAUAGAGCUGGGCGAUGACGACAGCCAGACAAACUAUUUAAGGUGGAAGAAAGUGUUAAGGAUGUCGAAUAUGAAGAAGUCCACUAAAGUGAUAAAUGAUUCAUCAAGAUGUUCGACUGGGAAUAGUAUGAAGAGAUGCACUUCAAAUGGGGUCAGAUUAGCAUGUGAAGCAUCUUUAACUGAUAUGCAUUCAUCGACUGCUGAUAGUAAAAAGGAUGAUGAUGACGAUACAGCUAGCAAUUUCGAUUAUAGUCAUGAAGUAUUGAUGGAUGCAACUACUAAUCAUCACCACUUAAAGCCGUCUUCGAAUAUGUCCACAUCGGAAUUUCUUCGCAACAACAGCAGCACAAUUGAAUCGGGUUAUUGUUCAUCAGCGAUCUCUUCAAAUUCAUUACCUCCCUGUUCAGCAAAUUCGAAUACUCCUCAAAUACCAUCAACUUUUGAUUCAUUUUCCCCACAGCCACAACAUGUCUUAGUGAUAAAUCAGUCCAUUGCUGAUAUUGCAAAUGAAAAUGGGACCAGAAAUGGAACGCUACAAUUACCACCUCUUUCAACUGUAUUCGAUGCCUCUUCCUCAGAUCAACAUCCACUUUCGAAGAAUGAUCCUCAUCAACAGUUACCGAGUCGAUACGAAUCCCAACUCCAGUCUCAAUCUGUUGUCAACAAUCUUUGUUCUUCUGCAGCGCCAAAAUCUAUCGAUAUAGGCAAUUACAAUCAUCAGUCAGCUUCUAUCUCAUCAUCGACGCUGCAUCUUCAUUCCGAAGCAAAUGGCUCGUUUGACAUGAGUUAUCAUCCAUUUGAACACAUCAUCAAUCAAGCUAAUUUCAAGGUUCAUUCCCUCUCAAAGACUACACUCGAUGAUCGCGCGGAAGCGAAUUUCUUCGAUACCUUAUUCGAGGAAGAUGAAACCAAAAUGGCUGACGCAGGAGGGGAUCCCUUUCUUAGGAUGGACCAUCUUAUUUGA